AUGAAGAACCAAUUCGAUUACUAUCACUACACCAUGGAACUUGAUUCUACUAGUAUUGCCUCUCCUGUUGAGUCUCUUGUUCCAAUUGAUCAAUCACCAAUAGCAUUCCGUAAUAUACAAUGUUUCUCAUGUAAUGGUAUACUUCUUAUAGCAUAUGCUAAUGAUAUAAUCAUCAUGUGGAAUCCGGCCACUAGAGAAUCAAGAACAAUCCCUCCUAGUAAGACUGGUGGUCUUUAUAAUUUUUGCUACUUUCCGAGAAUUGAAGGCAACAAAAUAUUUAGACUAGGACCUGGUGUUAUAAAUAGUGACAGCAAUGACAUGGAUAUUGAUAUAUUUUCAACGAAAAGUAACACAUGGAAAACGGUUGGCAUAUUUCCUUCAAAUUAUUAUUUCGAAGAUAGUAGAGUUUAUAUGUCAGAUGGGAUUGUUUAUAUGAUGGCGGAGAGGAAAGAAAGUGAAAAUUGUACAAUAUUACGCUUUUGUUUGGAGAGGGAAGAAUUUCAAGAGGAAUUGUUGAUUCCGAACACGAUAUCACCAAGGGGAAUAAAUGUUGUAGGAGAAAAACUUUGUUUGAUUGGGUCAUUGGAAGAUAAUGAUAAGAUUCGCGUAUAUUGUUUGUAUAUGAAGAAAACAAAUUCAUGGAAUGAGAUAUUGGCAAUUCAAUUACCUUUCAAAAUUUGUUUGAAACCUUUGAGUUUUAUAAAGGAUGGAGGCAUCAUGUUUCAAAACUAUAUGAGUAAAUAUGUGUUCAAGGCUUACAAUUCAACAACACACAAAUUGGAAAAAGUUAAUGUAGCUGGAAUUGAAGGACUUCACUUUAUUGAAGUUGUAACCUACGUUGAAACUUUAUCCUCUCCAUUUCUUUAA